AUGCUGACCAAGGGGUUGAGUCGCGGCUUGGCUGUCCAGGCCACAUGCUUACGCCCACAACUACUCCUCUGCUCUGAGAAGCAGUUAACGGAGAGGGACCAGGGUGUCAGGUGGUGCUGCAAUAAGGAGAAAGGAGAGGGUGGGAGUGAGGAGAAGGCACCCAUCAGGUGGAUGGCUCCUGAGAGCAUAGAAAACGACAUCUACACUGAGUCCAAUGAUGUGUGGUCAUUUGGAGUGACGGUGUGGGAGAUCUUCACUUGUGGGAGGAUCCCAUUCACUGGUAUUCCAGCCAUGGGUCUCCUGAAGGAACUGCAGAGAGGACAGAGACUGGAGAGACCUAACAAUGAGGCCUGCAGUGUUGAAAUAUACGAGAUUAUGAUGUUGUGUCUGUCGCUGGAACCUCGCGUUCGCCCAAAGUUCGUUGUGAGGUUGAGUUGUCUCUUACAGAGGGACUCUGGCUACCCUCAGCUAUCUGACCACUUCCGCUGCUGGAAACAGAGUCGUCCUCGACAGUUUACAGUGACUUUUGUACCAACUCUGUAGUGAAUGACUUUAGUUGCAUUAUAUUAUGAAGCAUUCAAGUGUCCACGUAGCUAGCAUCAUGGCUCAAAGGAUGGGUAGUAGUUUUUGUUAGAGAUAUCCACCGACUAGAUAAUGCAGGCGUUAAUUUGUGUACCUGUCACACAUUGUGGUAGUAAGAAGAAUAGGAACUGAAAAGCACCAAAGUGCAAACCCUCGGCGAAAUGCGCAUGCGCGA